CCACAAGCUGUUUUUCAAGAUCCCAACGUGAACGGGGAAACGUCCAAGGAGUCAGCCAAGGAGUCAGCAAAGGAGUUAGCCAAGGAGUUAGCCAAGGAGUCAGCCAAGGAGGCAGCCAAGGAGGCAGCCAAGGAGGCAGCCAAGGAGGCAGCCAAGGAGGCAGAAAAAGCAGCGCUGGCCAAUGAAGACUGUCCCCACAUAGACCAGAUCCUAUCACCUGACGACGGCCAGAUCUUAAGCCCUAUUGACCGGUCCGAGCAGCAGCCCUGCUUCCUCCUGGCCAUGGGAGGGCGGCCAGGCCACACGGCGGCCAGAGUCAGGAAGGGUACGUAAUAUGACACACGUAGACACAGGCCUUACAUCAGGGCACACAUCCCAGGGCUUAAAUCUCAGGGCACACCUGCCUCAGGGCACACACUUCAGGGCAUACACUUCAGGGCACACACUUCAGAUCACACACCUCAGGGAACACACCUCAGGGAACACACCUCAGGGAACACACUCAGACUCAAGCACAAACAUACUUUCAUGUGUACUCAGGGAGGAGAAACUGCACACACACAAGUCUGAAACGUGACACAAAAAUACACUUUAGAGAGCACACAGAUUAUUUUUGUUGUUGCUAUCUCCUAUAUGACCGUAGGUCUUGUCCUUACUAUCCUUGUCUAUACAGCCUCCAACACAAACAACUUUAGGUCCCCCACCCACAUACUGUUGAGCGACACAGCAUCACCCCCAACAUUCUUAUUUGGCAUUUGGACGCUAGCGUUUUUCCCUGUCCAACUCUUCUCACUCUCUUUCAUUAAAACUGAAUAAUCUGAAUUAUUCUUACCUUCGUUUAUUUACUUCCGCAUGAAAUAAGUUACUGAACAAAUAUAUAAACAAAUCACUAAUCAGUGGUCUUGUUUUUUUGUUUUGGGAUUUUCUUGAAGUUCUUCUUUACUUUACCCUGCCAACCCUCCUCUCCAUCUCUGGCUGUUCUAUCCUCUCCAUGUGGUUUGUUCAUCACUGAGACUAUCACACUGCCCCCUGGGCCAACCUUAACUUUCCCUUUUUCUGUUUUUCUUUGUCGUAUGUUUGUUUUUCUUUGUUUUUCCUCCACUCAUUGUCUGAUCUGUUUGUUCCUCCCUCCAUCCCCCCAUCCUUGACUUGUGUCUAAUUGGCCGGUAGCUGGCCCUUCCCAGGGGAGGUCACUGGCAGAGCCGGCGCCCCCAUGCCCACCGCUCGACCCCCAAGGCCCUCAGGCCUACCCUCUGCUGCAGCUAGCUGGGUGGGUAUGUGGCCAAGAGGACGGCCAUGCCACACUCACAACC